CAGAUGACUUCUUGGGGGAUGAGAGGGUCUGACGGAGGAAAAUCUUUCCUCGGCUGGAGCCACAUCAGCUCACAACGGAUGUGCAUGGAUAUAUCAAUACAGCACAAAUUCACAAUGCAUUCGUCUUAUAGCUAAUCUAAAUGUCUGUAUCCGGGCGGCAAUGCAUCUGUAAAGCUUCAAUUCCUGGCGAGGAAAAACUUGGCGAACCUGGACUGAAACAAAGGAAUGUAUUGAGAGGCUUGUUAUUUGCUCAUCACUGGAAUGGCAUACUUUCUCUAUAACUUUCUUUUGUUCGGCAGUGGAGCGCUUUUAUUUUUCGCGCCUUGUUGGGCCAUUUGCCCCGAGCCAUGCGAGUGCCAGCACGCGCAGCACGUCCUCUGCGCAAAUCGCGGUCUGCGCGCGGUGCCCAAAGCGCCGCAGGUGGAGCGCGCAGGGGACGUGCUGGUUCUCGGUCUCGCGGGAAACUUCAUUCACAACCUCAGCGCGUUCGACUUCAUACGCUAUGGGAAGCUAAUCAGGCUAAACCUCCAGUUUAACCAAAUAAGGAAUAUACAUCCUAAAGCAUUCGAGAAACUCUCCAUGCUGGAGGAGCUUUAUCUGGGCAACAACUUAAUCUCGACAAUACACCCUGGGACUCUACAGUGUCUGAAAAAACUCACAAUAUUAUAUACCAAUAACAACGAGAUCAAGGACUUUGUUUCCGAACCUUUCAGCCAUUUAAAUAGUUUAGUCAAACUGAGACUCGACGGAAAUUUAAUUGAGUUUUUAAAGGAAUCCGUCUUCAAAGGACUGACUAAUUUAAUGUUUCUGCAAUUAGAAUCGAACCAGCUUCGCCAUAUUGACCGUAAUGCGUUCGCGCGGCUCAGCAAACUGCAGUUUUUAAACCUAUCAGACAAUAAACAAACAGAACUGCGGGAUGUUUUCAUGUUUUCCCAUCUCAAGUCACUAACAACUCUUCUAAUCGCAGGCAACCAAAUAAAGCACAUUGGAAAUCACGUCUUUCAGAACUUGAAAAAGCUAACAAGACUUUCUUUGAGCCACAAUAAGAUAUCAAAGCUGGACAACGAAGCGCUCAAGGGUCUCGCGCGAGUGAAAGAGUUCAAGAUAGACAGGAACGAGCUGACAGAGAUCCCUGCUGGUCUGCUAGACCCGCUGGAGAGCAUCGAGAACCUGGACUUCAGUGACAAUCACAUAUCUCGCGUGGACCCCGGUGCUUUCGGCCACCUUUCUCGUCUAAAGAUCUUAAAACUGAAAAACAACCGUCUUGUGAAUCUCUCCGGUGGAAUUUUCGCCACAAACGGCGUUUUGUUCCACGUAGAACUGAAUGGGAAUAACUGGACGUGCGACUGCCGGAUGGAGAAGCUUCGAAGUUGGAUGACGCAUGCGCAUUCUCAGGGAAAGCUGUUGACCGUGUUUGUGCGCUGCCUUCACCCCCCGGUGCUGGCGGGAAAAUACUUGGACUAUGUCAGAAACUCCCAGCUGGGAAAUAUGAGUGGUUACUGCGAGUCAGAACCACAGCCAAUGGAGAGCCGUGGAGCAGUAGUGGAGUCACCGGUUCUCAAGGAGGAAAGAGGGAAGCGAGAAGGUGAGAAACAUGGAGAUGUAGGUGUCCAAAGGGAUGAGGGGGAGCAAGGGGUCGUGACAACACUAGAUAGAAAGAAGAAGCGGAAACUGGUCAGCUCAAGGCCAAGACACACAGCUGGGAAAACAGGGAAUGGCUCUUUAUCUGAUUUCCCAACGACAACAGCCACUAUCUUAACAGGCCACAACCACAGCACCUUUGCUUGGGCCCCACAGGAGCAGUUCAACCUGCCCUUACAAGACAGAGCCAAGCAUCAUGACUCAGAGAUUGAAGUGAUCACUGAUGCAUGUCAAUUCAACCAUCACUCCAUCCUGAAUGUUAGCGUGGAAGAUGUCACUUCCGGUACAGCCACAGUCCGCUGGAGCACAAUUCCUGAUGUCGGACUAGUUCAUGGGAAAGAACUUCUCUUUCGGGUUUUAUUUGACCGUUUCGGCCAUGCUUUCCGCUUCCCACGCUAUGUUUACACAGAUGGAUCCGACCGGGCAGUGACCCUCCAAGAGCUCCGCCCAGACUCCACCUACAUCACCUGCGUGGAGAGCGUUGUGGGUGGAGCUUUGUGCCAGGUUGCCCCCAGAGAUCACUGCACUGGAUUUGUCACACUUUUGCCCUCGGUGACAAGUGAAGUCAAUCUACAGCUUGUCACAGUAGCAGCCCUGGCAGCCAAUGCGCUGCUCCUCCUCCUGGUGGGCGGAGUCUGGCUGGGGCGUGUGUUGAAGAGGCGGAUCAGAAGCAGGAAGUCGUCCACUCAUGCACAUGUACGUCACAUGUACUCAACCAGACAUCCGUUUCGCUCUACUGUGGCCGCUACCUGUGUCUCUUCUGAAUUCAGCGGUUACCAGAGUGGAAGACAACUGGCUGAAGAAGGUGACCUCAUCCAGUUCCCCGGCGACCGCUUCUUUGACAACAGCCAUGCACGAAGAGAUGACGAUGUCAUAAUGCUCAGAUACUCAGACUGAAGGGUAGUUUGUGUUUGUGAAAAGAAGAUAAUUUUGGCAAAAAAAUCAUUCUGGCCACAAAUGAGUAACCACUGAAACUGCAACUUUUUUUUUCAUUUCUUUUUCAUCUUUUAAUUUCUUUUAAUUGAUUGUCUAGGCCUCAGCUGCUGGUUGGCAGAAUUUUUUGGUUUUGGAAUGAAUGUCUUUGUAGAUAACAUAUUACUUAUUUACCCAAUGCAGAUAUGCAGUAUUCCAGGCAAGUAUAUCAGUACGUGAGGUACAGCACAGGAAAAGUCUUUUGAUACAUUUUAUACGUUUCACUUUCAUGAUUUUCAUGAGUUUUUAAUAAAUACGUCUUUAAUAGUAA